AUGCUCCGGUGGCGGGGCCGGGCGCGGGGCGUCGCGGUGGCGGUGGCGCACGGGCUGUGCUCGGGCUCGCUGAACAUCCUGCUGAAGUUCCUGCUGGCCCGCUACCACUUCGCCUUCCUGACGCUGCUGCAGUGCCUCAGCAGCGCGGCGGCGGCGCUGGGGCUGGAGGCGCUGCGGCGGAGGGGGCUGGCGGCGCUGCCGCCCUUCGGGCCCCGCCUGGCGCGCCCCUUCGCCGCCGUGGCCGCCCUGGCCACCCUGCAGUCCACCCUCACCCUCUGGUCGCUGCGCGGCCUCAGCCUCCCCAUGUAUGUCGUCUUCAAGCGCUGCCUGCCCCUCGUCACCCUGGUCACCGGCGCUCUGGUGCUCCGCGACGGCAUGCCUUCGCCCGGCGUCCUCGUCGCCGUGCUCAUCACCACCUGCGGCGCCGCGCUGGCCGGAGCUGGUGACCUGACUGGGGAUGCUAUGGGCUAUGUGACAGGCGUGCUGGCCGUGCUGAUACACGCUGCCUACCUGGUGCUCAUUCAGAAAACCAGUGUAGACAGUGAAUAUGGACCCCUGACCGCUCAGUAUGCCAUCGCUGUUUCGGCCACCCCUUUCCUCAUCAUCUGCUCCUUUGCCAGCAUGGAUUCCAUCAACGUCUGGUCCUUCCCGGGGUGGAAGGACCCUGCCAUGGUAUGCAUCUUUAUUGCUUGUGUCCUGAUUAGCUGUGCCAUGAACUUUACCACCCUUCACUGCACUUACAUUAACUCGGCUGUGACCACCAGCUUUGUAGGGGUGGUGAAGAGCAUAGCCACCAUCACGGUAGGCAUGGUGGCAUUCAAUGAUGUGGAGCCCACAAAGUUAUUUAUAGCUGGGGUUGUGGUCAACACCUUGGGGUCUGUCAUUUACUGCGUGGCCAAGUACGUUGAGACCAGGCAGCAGAGCAACUAUGAGGACCUGGAGAAAGAAGCUAGAGAAGAGGAGGGGAAAAGGCAGGCUGGAGACCAAGCUCUGUUCGCCAUGGAGACAAUUUCCCAGGGGAAGGGGGCUGAGGAAGCAGCAGUGGAAGGAUCAUCCACAGGGCAGAGACAGAGUGGAGAGGAAGAGAAGGAUGUCACUGAGAAAUCAGCCAAGGAACUUGUGGUUCAGGGAAAAUCCACCAUCACACAAGAAACGAACAGAAGCUCGCUGAAAGAAGCCUAUCUUGGAGUAUGGAGGUUGGUGAGGGGUGCUAAUUAUAUAAAGAAGGAUUAUUUGAUAGAAAAUGAAGAGCUACCAAACCCUUAAAAAGCAGGUUUGAAAACCUAUUGUUUGAGGACAGACACCUGGUUUUCUGUACAGGGGGAAGGCAGAGCAUACAUUUCCACAUCAAUGCUUACAAAUCCAAAUCAUUCAGGAUGACUUUACCUCAUUGUCAAAAAGCAAAAGAUCAUAGUUUGCUCAUGCUUUGGGCUUGCUUUCAGCUGCUUUCAGUAUGUCACUUUAGACCCACCUCAGCUGAGGUGCUGACACUCUGCUGCAGACACAGAGAGAGCUGGGUAAGGGGGAGCUGCCGGGUGCUUGCCCAGCAGCUGGGAAUAUGAGGGAUAUUAGUGCCAUUGGGAUACCUGGCAGUACCAGUGACACAGCAGUGGCCUAUACCUUGGAUUGUGUCUGGAGCCUAGUGAUUUUAGCACAUUUGGAGGCUCUGUCAGUGUGCUUCUGUAUCUGUAUCCAUCCAGUUAUAGGUACUCUACAUAACCAAUUCCUACAAUAUAAACUCGUAUUAACUGUACUUUUUUGUGCUCCUCUGUGUCAAUACAAUUGCAACAGAGCUAGAGAUUGUGCCACUUCAGUUAUAUUGGUGUAAAAUUGCUCUCUUAUCUGAUGAAGUGAAGCCCUCCAGGCCAAGACUUGGACCUGGUUUACCUUGGGUUCUUUGUGUCUUCAGUAGAAAUCUUUUAGUCUUGUGGUGGUGUACAUGAAAGCAGAACCAGAUCUGAGCUUCUGAGAAGCUUUGACUGGCAAAAGAAGGAUGUUUUUCUAUGAGCUUUAACUAUAUGUAGCAUUUGGAAUAUUAGCUUGACUCAAAUAAAAGAGUUUGGAAAUGUUGGUAUGUAUUGAUUGGUUGUGGGAGGGCUAUAAAAAUUUAGGGAGAAAGUGUGUGCCUUGUGUUAUCCCUCCUUGUACCCUAAAGUCGGAUGAAUCAGAGCCUGGACUGGAACCCAGGUGUCCUCUCCAUUCAUUCUGUCACAAGCAGAGGCUGAGAGCAGAGCUGGGGACACCCACUCUGAAGCUCCCAGGUGUGCUUUUGCAGGACAGUUGUGCUACAUCCUGGCCACGUGCUGGUAUGUGGCUUUGUGCAUAUCUGCCCUCGCUGUCCCUGGCCGUGCUGUCCAGUGGAACAAAGUGAGGGCAGGCAGCAGGAGCUGCCCAGUGCUCCGGCAGAUCCCACAGCCGAGUGUUUGUGGAGCGGGAUGCUCAGUGUGCUCGGCACGGGGACACCCACACCCAUGGCUUAGGCAGAAGCAGCUCCCCAGUGCCCAGACUGUCCCUGUCCCCAUGGGCUGUGAGGGGCAGAGCUCCCUUUCCCCUUGGGAACUCAAGCGCUCGUGUGGGAAGUGGGAAGCAGGCACUCCAGUGAGGCCCCUGCUGAAUAUGCUAGUAUUUUGUGCCACAUCUCUUUAACUGAAAAGACUGUGGAAACAAAUGUUUGUGUGUUUCUUCACCUGAAGAUACUUGUUUGGUAGGUGGGAGUUCUUGCGUGGAACCUUUGCUCGGACUAGACAGAGAAAAGAUUUGACUGUGAGUACUUCUCACCCCAAAAGGGUGCUGCAGCCAUUGAGGGCACCUUGACAACAGACUGAAACAAGUUGUUACCAUUUUCUGAAAAAAUGAACCAAGUUUGUGGUUGUUGUUUUUAAUAUUGUUAUUGUUGUUAUUAAUAAUUAUUUAUUAUUAUCUAUUAAGCCACUGAACUGAAAAUCAGUUAUUCCCACAGCCCUAAUUAACCAGUGCCUGGCCCAGUGCUCUCUCCAGCUGAGCAGGCAGCAUUAGCCUCACAGCGUGUUCAGACUGAAGUGAGCAAUUUGCCCAGCAGGGAAUAUUUGCAAAACUGCUCUCUGGGGGAGCUUUAGGUUCUUGUCAAUAAAUGCAGGCAGAAACAUCAGGUGCUGUGGCGGUGUGUUUUUGGAAUGAUUGCAGAAGUUGGCUGACCUGGCAUCACCCAUGAAUUUUGAAAGAGAUGGCUAAAAGGACAUUUAUGCUAAAAACCUAGAGCUGCUGUGCGGGGGGACAGGGAGCUCUGUACAUCACAUGUUAUGUAUAGCUUGUGUUUAAGAGGUACUGGCUGUUUGCCAAAAUACGUUUACCUUCUGUUCGAGCUCCGUAUGGGAUCUUCUCAAUAAAGGUACUAUUUAUUGUUUCUAGGCUAAUAUAAUAGGGCUUUUGUUAGUUUUUCAAAUGCAUCCUAGACUAAAGAAGUUUGUGCCUAUUACUUAUAGUCUCUCUAUUACUCAACUCAUUGCGAUAUUGAACUGCAUUGUAAUCAUACAGAUGGCUGGAGAGAAGCCCACAAUUCUGAUCUGUCCUCACUGUGCUCGGUGUUUUCUGAACACAAAACAUGUGGACCUUCUUACCACCUGGAUGCCAGUCUUAGAUCCCGUAGUGCACACACCGUGUUUGACACAUGCUCUAGGAAGCUCUCCCUCUGGACUCUUGUUUCAGGACUUUUUCCUUUGGGGAGGUUAAAUGUUUUGCCACUUACUGUUGUUAAAUUAUUAGUAGAAAUCUGUGGAAAUUCAAACAGUUUUGACUGUUAAAAAAGCUGCUGUUACAAUGUUGUACAUUUGCAUGUAUAGUCGAAAUGUGAUUAUAUUGUAUUCUGUUUUUACCUGUAAAUUCCCUAAAUUAAACUGGGAAUUUGGCAAAUGCAAUCCAUUUUUUCAGUAACAGACACUGUCGCACAAUAAAAAGAAAAUACUGCCUCGUGCUGAGGUAUUUUAAUAGCAUCAGCGGAAGACGGUAGAAUGAGAUGUGGGAAUAAAAUGCAGUGCUUUCCAAAAGCUUUCUGCUUUUCUUAUUGUUGCUACUCCAGGGUGCUCAUUUUUGCUUCAUUUAUAGUUAUUCUUAUGCCUUUAUAUCAUCCAAGUUUCCUCAACAUGUGACCAGACACUAUAAGUAGUGUCAUGGACAGAGGGACAGACAAAGGAACACAGGAUUCGGAAGUGCUGGGACCUUGGUACAGCUCAAAAUU